UGAAUAACGGUACCAACAAUGUGGUAAACAUGAAAAUUCCUCAUUUAAGAAUGAUAUUCAAAAUUUUAAGGUAUGUUUCGUGUAGAAGAUUUCUCCAGAAAUCUACUCCACCAGGAAGAUAUGUAAAGAAAUCCUAUGGUCAAUGCAUAAGUUAGAUUUGUAAUUGUCCAUUUAUGAGUUUUUACAGAAAUUUUCUGCAUAAAUAUGUUAAUUUUUCUUUGUAAAAGAAAUUGAAUAGAAUUCCCAAAAAACUCUCUAAAAACGAGACUAGUUUUAAAAUUGACCAAACUUAUAUAUGAAGUUGAAUUUUCAUAGCAAAUUUCUAAAAAAGUCUUCUUACAUGUCACAAGAAAUUGCUGAGGUAUGAUUAGAAGUGUACGCUCAUGCUAGUUGUGUAGUGAAAAAAUUAUAAUUAUUUAAUUUUAUAUUAAUUAAUUAGCAGACUUACAUAGAAGUCUCAUAGUGAGAAGUCUUUUCCCGAAGUCAACUAGAUUUUUAUUCCGAUAUUUUUGUCAAACUCAUAGUUUUGAGAGCUCCCUUGAUGACUUCUAGACUAGUAUAAUGUAUAAAAUUUAACAUGGUCAAGUGCAAAACUAACUUGAGAAAGACUCUUUGCAACACACAUUAUACUUUUCUAGAAAUCUUCUAUGAAAAAACAAAUAUCUACAGAAAUUUUGAUUAAUAGCAAAAUUAACUUGAUUAUCAUAGUUUACUAACCUGAGAAAUGCUCUAAGAAAUAAAUAAAUUAUAAGGUGUAGCCGAUAUUUUUGAAAGUGGUAAAACUAUUAAGGGCUAAGGAAACGAACCGAACCAUCUUAAUAAUAGAAACCUGAGAUUGACUAAUAGGCUCAGAUUGUUUUUUUUUAGAUUGCACUGAAGCUAUCAACUGUUUUCAAUAACUUAGUUGGUUCAGCGUCGGAGAAAAUGAUAAUACAAAGAUCAUUCAAUUUUAUAGAAGAAGGGAAAGGUGACAAUAAUUGGACUGGAGAAGGUUAAAACCAUCGCUUCAAGCUUUGAAGAACGGCUAGCUUGCAGAAGUAGUCAUUGAUAUAUGUAACAAGUCGUAGAACCUUAGAGCAUCAUUAUCCAAGAUUUUUUAGAACGGGUUUCUUAGGGAAAUAUAAAAAACUAUUUAUUAACUUUUAACUAAAAAUUUAAGAAACUGUUUUUAAAGUAGUUCUUAGUUUUUUUAGUUAAAAGUUUAGAAACGGGUUUUUAUAUUCCGCUAAAAACCUCACCAUAUGAACCCCCUCCCCCAAUUAAACAUGCUCUUAUGAUAUCAAAGCUGGAUUAUUUCUGACGAAAAGAUUGGUGGAUUGUCUCGGAUACUAUAAGUUAUUUGGAGUUCUAGAAUAUUUCUAACUCCACUCUAUUUUUUACUUUAAAAUAGAGUGUUGAGUAAAAAUGUUUCAAUGGUAUUCUAUUUUUCACUCUAUAAUAGAGAGAAAAAUAGCUUUACUCUAGAUAUAGAGUAACUUAUUUCUUUUUGUUCAUCACUUUAUUUGCUACUCUAGAAUAGAGUACUGUUGGAAUAAACUUAAACUCUAUUAUAGAGUAAAAAAUAGAGUAAACCAUCCGAGAUGGUUAUGAAUCAUGAAAUCUCCUACGAUAUAUUUCUUUGUAAUUAAUAAAACAUGUUAGACACGUUAUGUAUUUUGAAUAAAUAAACCCUACUGAGCUAGUGAAUAAAUUAAGAAAAACUUUUAAACUACUGAUAUUUCCUUUCAAAUGUAUCAUGGUAUCAAUGUUUUCGAUCUUAAUUCUGAUGGAGUACGGAUUUUUAUCGUUUCUUUCUUUGAUUCUGUUUUUUUUUAACUCAUUGAACGGACUUUGUGAUAUAGUGGUAGUGGAGAGGCAACACAUUCCGGAUUCGAUCUUUCUACUACGGAAACUAAGUCACAUUAUUCUGCCUACCACGACUGCGGAUACAUCCGUAUGAUUACCCAGAAAAAAACCUGUCAUGGACUGCACCUUCCGCCCAGAGAUUAGGUAUGUGUCUUUUAAUAGACCCGGGUUUAAUCUUUUAUUUUUACAAAGAAAAAGUUUCAUCUCAUGAUGAAGUUUACAUAAUAUUUUAUUUGACUAGUUUUAUAUCAUAUUUAUUUAUCUUUAAAAAUUAGUGGUUUUUUUUUGUUUUUAAUGGUUUUUUUUUAAGAAAAAAGAGACAAUUUCGUUUUUUACAAACUGAAUUUAUUAUUUAUUAUUUAUUAGCUAGUUUCAUAUUAUUUUUUAGAAAACAAUAUUAUGUUUCUUCACGGAACAAGUUAUGGUAUUUGUUAUUGUCUUGACUUUGUAAAAUCAGGUUAUUAUACUAAAGACUUGGACGCGAUUGGUUGUGAUGAUGAAAAAUGAAUAUCAACUACAUAUUCGAUGUAGCCACGACCCACGAAGAUGAUGAUUUCCAACGGAAAUUUACAGAUCCUGUGGAAUGAUGACUUGAUGAUUGUCGUGGACUUUGAGCAUGAAUCAGAAUAUACACAACUACUAUAUAUCUAUUUCACGGAAUUGAUGACUUUGGUGAGGCAUAAACGCUAUUGACGAUCUUGGUGAGGUUUAAACGCCAUUAAUGGCCCUAUAGUAGAGGAUAUAAACACCAUGAAAAUGAUUUGAUGAUUCUUCAUUUUCUUAGAUGUUACCAUGCAUGAGCUUGUGGAAAGGUAUUUUUUUUACUGAAAUUUUUUUUGAAAGAAUUUGCUAAUCAAGUUAAUGUACUUUAUAUAAAUAAAGCCUACAAAAGUAAUGAAUAAAUUGGAAAAAAAACUAAUAUACUUAUGAGAUCUCCUCCAGACUAUCAUAAAGUCAUGUUCCUAACCGUGGUAUUGAUGCGAUGAUUUUGGUUCAGCCCACAAGAAUAGACCCUCGAUAGCCAAACCAGAAGAGUCAAGUCCUAGCAGCGUUUCUUGCAGAGACCCAUUGUUACUUAAGUUCAAGUCCCUUACUACAAAUAGGUUCAUACUUCAUACUUUCACAGAGUCCACAUUUAGAAUUUUAUCAAAAUAAUAGUUAGCGCUGUUCCAGAUUUUCCCUAAAAGGAGAUAAGAAUCUACAAAAUUUUCUUUACAAAAAUGUGCAAGUUCAAGAAAGUAUCAUAACCCCCUUUACUUUCUUUCUGUAAUCUAGUGACCGAAUAUUUUGGUGCUUUAAUAAAAUCCAAUUUCAAUUAUCUAAUCACAGUUUGGUGCUUACAAUUAAUAUUGUGUACUAAAAACAUAUAUUCUUAUCUUUAAAUAUUUUUCUAUAAAAGGGUGCCCACAAAACCUUCAUUUAGAAAAAUGGUGUCUCUCACACACAACAUAUCCUUUCUCAUUCUCUUGUUCCUCGGCGUCCUUGCCCUCUCCUUCGUUUGCGACUGUAGCCCUCCUAAACCAUCACCGGAUCCCCACAACCCGCCAAAAAAUCCCGUCAAACCGCCUCAGUCACCUGCUGUCAAAUCGCCAAAACCGCCCACCGUUAAACCACCUCCAUCAACCCCUAAACCACCCAUGAAACCGCCAACCAUUAAACCACCGACCCACAAGCCUCCACCUGUGGUAACGUCGCCAACACCGUGCCCAGCAUCAACACUGUGCCCACCACCGUCACCAUGCCCACCACCAACACCGUGCCCACCACCAACACCAACACCAACUCCACCUGUCGUAACGCCGCCAACACCAGACCCACAUGUUGUUACACCGCCAAAACCAGAGACUUGCCCAAUCGACACGCUGAAAUUAGGCGCUUGUGUGGACAUUCUUGGAGGUUGCAUUCACAUGGGAAUUGGUAAAAGCUACGCUAAGGAAACGUGUUGCCCGGUUUUGGGAGGUUUAUUUAGCAUGGACGCAGCCAUUUGCCUAUGUACUACCAUUGAAGCCAAAUUUUUCAAUAUGGACCUCAUCAUUCCCAUUGCUAUUGAGAUUCUUCUCGACUGCGGAAAGCCUCCACCUCCUGGCUUCAAAUGUAAGUUUGAUGAUAUUUUUGGGUAAUUGGAGGUUAAUUUGCGUGUGUGAAACCGUUACUCAUUUGUUUCAUUUGAUACGAUAAAAGGGUUUGUUUGGGUUUUCACGCUGUACUUUUAGGUUUAUAUCUGUGUACGCUUUAAUUUAUUUUUAUGUACAUACGUACGUAGUACGUAGGUUGUGGAGUAAAGAAAUGUGAUUUUCAUAGUCAUGCACAUUGUACUGAUGGACAUGUGAUACGUGCCCUACAGCGUAGGCUACUGGCCAAGUACAUGCGUAUAAAUUUAUAUA